CCUGUGUUGAGAAGUGUACGUGUGUGUGAGAGAGAGGGAGACGGGGGAAAAGGUAGAUAUAGGUUACGAUCGCAGAGAUCAUAAACAACAGUUCGUUUCCAGAAGAUUCUCACAUCUGAUCUGCAGUCAUGGCGCCUCGGACGAUUAUUGUUGCAAUGGAUGGGAGUGACCAUGCCAUUAAUGCAUUCCACUGGUUUUGUAAAGCAUUGAAGCGUGACGAUGACAAAGUAGUCAUGGUGUACUCCGUAGAGAUAUACGAUGCGAUGUAUUCCGCCCAGUGGUUCAAUGUUCCAUAUGCUGUAGAUAGGACGGCAUUGAAGGCGAUGCUGGAGAGACAUGGGGAGGAGAUCAAGAAAAAACUGGAAGAAUUCGCAGAAAUAAUGAAAAAGGAACACGCAGCCGGCAUAGUCCGCAGCACGCACGCCGAAAAACCCGGAGAAGGAAUUCUGAAAGCGGCGACGGAUUUGAACGCGGACAUGAUUGUGAUGGGUUCCCGGGGCCUGGGGACCGUCAGGCGGACUAUACUGGGCAGUGUCAGUGACUAUGUUCUUCACCACUCUCCCGUUCCCGUCAUAGUAUGCCCACCAGAGUAGAUAAUCUCCCCCCCCCCGGCCAUACUAUGUUCUAUGUUGUUAUAGUUAAACGUUGACUUUCAGACGUCUCUGUUACACGUAUGAGGGUAACUAAUAUUAUUUUGUUAUGUACAUGUAGUUAAAAUAUAUUUCAGUAUCCUAACCUGUCGCAAUAGACUAUAUAUGUGUUCUUGGCUUGAAAAGUUAUUUUUUACAGGAAAAACUCUAUGUAGUUUGUACAUGUAUGCAGAUCAAUGAUCAAAUAAAUUCAUGCCAAAAUGUU